AUGUCUGGUGUCACUAGGGUUUACAUUGAUAUUGAAAUCGGUGGUUGUAAAAGUGGGAGGAUUGUGUUCGAGCUGUUCCAGGACAAGGCGCCACUGAGUGCACAGAACUUUAAGCAACUAUGUUGCGGAGGGAUCGAGUUAGACGGGAAGCAUGUGAGUUUCCGGGGCAAUCGGUUCCAUAGGGUGAUCAAAAACUUCAUGGUUCAGGCCGGCGACAUCAUGUACGGUAUGGAGGGAGCUGAUGAGGAGAACCUGGGGAAGGGCGGCUGUUCUAUCUACAGCCAGCAGGACGAAGAAGGGCCAUGCCGCGGGGCAUUUGCCGACGAGAACACUGGGGAGUUUUCCGAGCCGUUCCUACUGGCGAUGGCUAACAUGGGAGCGCCGGAUAGCAACAGCUCGCAGUUUUUCAUCACGACGACGGCCGCGCCACACUUAAACGGCAAGCACUCUAUAUUUGGGCAAGUGAUCCAUGGGAAGGCUGUUGUGCGGGAAAUAGAAAAGGAGGCCGUCGACUCCGAUGGAGUACCAGAGAAGGCUGUGAGGAUAGCUGGCUGUGGCGAAUGGACUCAAGACAUGCCGGUGCCUCUGUACAAUGCAUGCAACGAUCCAAUUGGAGGGGAUAUAUACGAAGAGUAUCCUACGGACAACACUCUCUUUGGGGGCGAAGAAUUUGGCAAGGCAUACGCCGCGGCUGUCUUGAUCAAGGAGUCUGGCACGCAGCUCUUAAAGCGAAAGGACUUCCAGAACGCGUUCUUCAAAUACAGAAAAUCUCUGAAUUAUGUUAAUGAAUAUAUUCCAGAUGUGGACAUUGAUGCUGAGCAAUUUGAGAAGUUCAACGUGCUAAAGCAGAAACUUUAUCUGAAUAUGACGCUCGCGUUGUUCAAUAUGGGCAGUUAUGAUAGCGCAAUCAGCUAUACCAACUACGUGCUGGAAAUGGACCGUGUUCCGAGUAUGGAUCUUGCGAAAGCGUACUACAGGCGUGGCAAUUGCUAUCUAGCUAAGAACCUUCUGGAGGAAGCGCUGUCGAAUUAUAAGCGAUGCAAGGAGCAUAACUCAGACGAGGCUGUGGAUAUGAAGAUUGCUUCCGUCGAGUCCAAGUUAGCUGCGAGACUAGAGAAGACGAAGAAAAGCAUCUCGAAAUUCUUCCAGUAA